CGACGCCGUCUGUCUCGUCUUCUUGCUUAAGUUGCUUUUCCUCAUCGGCGUCGUCGUCUUCUUGUUCAGGGAUCGGCGCUCGCGAGCCGUGGCUGCAUUUUCGAGCCGCCGCCGCCUUCAACCUUCAGGCGCGGGGAUAUCUGGCCGCGAAACGCCGUUCACCGCCACACAUCCUUUCGCUCCUACGAAUGUCAGCUAGCCUGCGCCGUGUGCGCAACCCUCCACUGCAUUACUCCGCCUCCAUCCCUCUAUCCCAACCAAAGGCGCAUACGUCCAUUCACUUCACAGUCUCUCACCUCCACGAACCCCUAGCUCCUCGAGCCCAUUUCGGGCGCAGCCUGUCGCACUUCUCUUGCUGCUCUAGCUCGCCCGACGGCAGUCCUGGCUUCGAUUUUUUGCGUCAGUUCUUGCCUCAUUCGAGCUCGCGCGCAAAUAAUUUGAACUUCCUUAAUUCACAUGAAAGGCGUAGACUCAUUGUUGGAUUAUCCAGACUGAUAAAGCGAAGACAAGGAUACACUUUGAAGGCCUUUUUCGGUACAUUUUGCCCCUUUUUCCUGGCGAAGAUAUUGAAGAAUUUGCAAUCCCGCCAUACUGCUUUUGCAUUCUUCAAGCUUGUGUUCCUAGGCGAUUCUGACGAGGAAGUCCGCUCGUGUUGCGUGGCUGCGCAUAUUUUGGCAGCUGAGGAUAUCCGUCUCCUUGCGCAGGAUAUUACUUCGUGGGUGAUCAGUAGAAUUGGGUCGUGUAGGAGUAAGGAAUUGGUAGAGUUUAUGUGGGAGAAGCACCACCUUUAUGAAACUGAUUUCUCUGUUCUUGAUACGCUUAUGCGGGCAUUUCUGAAUGUGGGGAUGAUUGAGGAGGCGGUAAGGAUUCUGAGUAGGAUGAGGGAAAUGAACCUGAUGCCUAGCGAAUCUGCAAUGGUUAUUCUUUUGAAGUCUUUGCUUAGAGUAGGUGAUUUCAGUAAUCUAUGGAAAUUGUUUAGAGACAUGAUUUCUAGGGGACCUUUUCCUUCAGAUAAAUCUGUAAAUGUAGUGCUUCUUGGGUUUUGUAGGAAAGGGCAUGUUACAAUAGCUGAAAAUUUGUGUCACGUGAUGGGAAAAUUUGGUUUCAAACCUGAUGUUUAUUCUUACAACAUUUUGAUUGGUGCAUAUUGCACUGGCGGAAGGGCAUUAGUAGCAAUAAACUGGGUGUAUCUUAUGAUUGGGAGAGGUUGUAGACCUAGCAAUGUUACGUUUAAUACUGUCAUCAGCGCCUUGUGUAAAGAUGGCAAUGUGGCAAGAGCAAGACAAUUUUUCGACAGUGUUCCCGAGAUGGGUCUUUCUAGAAAUACUUUCAUGUAUAACUCUCUCAUGGAUGGGUAUGUUAAAUCAGGGGACAUUCUUCAGGCAAAUAUGCUUUAUGAAGAAAUGCGAAGCAAUGGUAUAUCUCCUGAUUGUGUCACCUUUAAUAUUCUGGUUGGUGGUAAUUACAAGUACGGAAGGGAAGAGUAUGGUGAUAGAUUGUUCAAGGAUAUGCUUGCGUCUAACUUGCUUCCCAAGAGUUCCCUCUAUGAUAUAACGGUUGCAGGAAUGUGUUGGACUGGUCAAAUAGAUGAGGCUGAGGAACUUCUGAGGGAUAUACUUGAGAAAGGAGAACCUGUAAACUUGACUGCAUUUAAUACAGUUAUUGCUUCUUAUGGUAGGGUUGGGAUGCAUGAUAAAGCCCAUGAGAUUUAUCAGUUAAUGAUGAGAUUUGGUCUGUCACCUUCUUCAUCCACAUCCAGCUCUCUUCUUUUGGGUUUGUCAAAGAAAGGAAGGUUGCGAGAAGCCAAAGGUCUUUUGUAUGAUAUGAUGGAAAGGGGUUUCCCAGUCAACAAAAUGGGCUUUACAGUUCUCUUGGAUGGAUAUUUGAAAGUAGGGGACAUAACUCAGGCUCAGAGUUUGUGGGAUGAGAUGGAACUCAGGGGUAUAUCUCCUGAUGCUAUUGCCUUCUCAGCCUAUAUCAAUGGACUAUCAAAAGCAGGUUUUGUGGAGGAGGCAUAUGAAAUUUUUCAGGAAAUGUUAAGGAAAGAAUUAGUUCCAAACAGUUAUAUUUACAGCGCUUUGAUUAGUGGUUUUUGUGACUGUGGGAAGCUAAAACAAGCAGUGACGUUGGAGAGAGAAAUGAGGCAAAAGGGUCUUCUUCCGGAUGUCUUUACUUCCAAUGCUAUCAUUGAUGGUUACUGCAAACAUGGAAAACUGAAGUCUGCCAUGGAUGCAUAUAUCGAUAUGCAUCGAAUUGGGUUAACCCCUGAUAUAGUCACAUAUAACACUUUGAUAAAUGGGUAUUGCAAAGCAUUUGACAUGGCUAUGGCUGAUAAAUUCAUGAAUGAGAUCUAUGCCAGUGGGUGGAAUCCAGAUAUUACAACGUUUAAUAUAAGAAUCCACGGUUUUUGCUGUAGCAGGAAAAUGAGUAGAGCUGUGAUGACACUGGAUGAGCUUGCUGCAGCAGGUGUUGCUCCAAAUAUAGUCACAUAUAACACAAUGAUGAAUGGCAUUUGCAGGGACAUGCUAGAUCGUGCAUUGAUUGUUACUGCUAAACUGAUUAAGAUGGCUUUCAUUCCAAAUGUGGUUACGGUAAAUAUAUUGCUGUCACAAUUUUUUAAGCAGGGAAUGCCUGAGAGAACCUUAUGGUGGGGGCAGAAAUUGAGUGAAAUUCCAUUCUGCUUUGAUGAGGUUUCCAAUAGAAUUAUUGAGAGAGCCUAUGAGAGCAUGCAGAAUAGUGCUGAGCUGUUCCGUGGUGCCUCUGAAAAGAGACUCUUUUUGGAUUCCUUGAUGUACAUUACUUACGACUAUAUGUAUAGAAAUAGACAGUUAAGUGAACCGAGUCAUAGUGCAAUAUACCUUUAUGAAUAACGGUAUCGGUGCACCAUGAAGGUUGAGAAUGUGAUGAGUACUUGGUUCAGCUGUGAAUGAUGCAGACUCUCAUGCAAUGGUGGAUAAACAUCUACCUACUCUCAAAUUUAUUGAACAUGCUGAAGAUGAAGGACUAUUACUGUAGGGCUGGUGAAAUAUUGUCAAGUUGAUCUCAUUCUGCCUAUACAAAUGAAAUCUUCACUGAUGAGGCUAACAGCUCUCAUGGCUGACUAAGAUUGGGAGACUACUUGGAGGAUCCCAAGUAUCAGCUUAUCGGCUUGAAGGGUUAGGAGUUCAGUUUUGUGUUGCAGUACUGAUCAAAUGCAAAAUUGCCCAGAACUGAAGUUGCUCAGAGUGUGGUUGCUAAAACCCCCUUUUGGAAAAUGCAGACAACAUUCCUGUGAUUGGAAUACGUAU